GACCAUUAUUUGUCACAUUUCAGAAAAGGGCAGGAUGAGAAUCCUAGCUGCCUUCACAAGCUGGGCUUAGCCACCCUCUUCCUGGCUUCCUGCUCCCUGCUGGCUUCCCAUGAUGCCAGCAUCAUGGCCUGUGAAGACAUGGCACAGACACAUGUGCACCUAGCACCUAGUACCCACCAUGUUACCAUUCACUCCAGCAGGGCUUCCUACUUGCCAGGAAACGAUUCCAGGUAUGUGUGUUUCCACAAGGACUCACAGGAGCUGAGUCCUACUGCAAAGUACCAAAUGUGUUUCCCCAAGAAGGGGCUUCCUGAUUACAGUGUGACUGAGUCCCAGGAAACAAUUAUUAGGCUAAAAGAAAGCAUGCAGUUUUUGUAUCAUGGAAACCACACAAUGACUAAUGUCUGUAUUGACAGUAAUCAUUAUGUUGCUUUCUGGUGCAGUGUGUGCGAGAACAGUCAAGACUUCAUGGCGUUUCUUCUUCAAGCACGCACAGUGGCGGAUGGCCAGACCGCUGCCUCCUUUGUCUCCACUCCUCGCCGUUCUAAACUGGUGAGCUGUUCUGAAGAACAGACACUGUCACUCACUGACAAGUUCCCAAAAGGAAGCCCUUUUCAUGUGGAAAGCCCCCUGCCCAGCCUGUGGGGGCAAGCUGAAGAUGAGAGCAUCCUAGACACUGCUGCUGCCAGCAUUAGGGUGACAACGUUCCCUGGGGAUGCAGAGAAUCUGUCUCAGUCAUCUUCACACACUUCUGCUAGAAGCAGCAGUGGCCGGCAACCUGGAAGAUGGAGCAACCCAACCUUAUAACUGUCCCUGGAUGUCCACAGGUUAGAGAGGCUUGUGACCCUCAGAGAAGGCUCCCUAUACAGCUUUUCCCCCUUUAGGGCUCAGGAUGAUCUAAGCUUUGAUUCUUCGGAAACUUGCCUGCCCUUGGAUAAGGAUGAACAGCAAGACCAGGGUAAGCUAGAGGAAACCAGGGCCCACCUGGAGACCCAGCUCAGGACUACUCAGGUAGGAACCCUGAUUUGCCUGUCAAUCACCCUGGCUCUGACCCUGGCUGCUGGACUUUGCUAUCUGUAUUGCUGGUAUUGCCACAAGUGGACAGAAAGGGUCCUUUGGUGGACGUACCGCAGGUGCUGUUACCAGGGAUGA